CUGGCUGCGGGCUCGGUCGGCUCGGCGGGGGCGCUGCGGCGGCUGCGAUGGCGGCCGUGGCGGAGCCCAGCGCUCAGGCCCGGGAGGCGGCGGCACCGGUCGGUGAGGCUCCAUGAGCUCCAUGACGGGGGCGGCACCGGCGGCUCUCGGUCCCCGGGGAGCAUGGAGCUCAGACAGCCGUCCGCCGGGCGAUGGCCCAUGGCCGUAGGAGAAAGGCGGCGACCGUGUGGCCGAGGAGCACGGAGGCCUGCGCGCGUCUAGGAUGAAGACAUUGUUUGAAGAGAUCAAAGCAUCAAUUAAGAAUAACUAUAACCAAGACGGCUCAUUUUGGAGGUCUGUUCUUCCUUGGGGAGGAGUUUUUACUAUCAAAGCUGGCCGCAAAGCAGUAUCCUGUACACCCCUGUAUGUUGAAAUACGACUGAAAAAUACCUGCACUAUAGAUGGGUUCUUGAUGUUACUGUAUGUCAUCCUUAAUGAGAACGAGAAUUUCCCCAGGGAGCUCUCUCUCCAUUUGGGCAGGGAGUUUGUAGACUGUUUUCUUUAUCUCAUGGACACCUACAGUUUCACAACUGUGAAGCUACUUUGGAUUUGGGACAAGAUGGCCAAACAGCAAUACAAGUCGGAAGUUCAUAAGGCUUCAUUGAUAAUCGAUUUGUUUGGGAAUGAACAUGAUAAUUUCACCAAAAAUCUUGAAAAUCUCAUGGCUACUAUCCAAGAGAGUUACUGUUCCAACUGGCGAUGCCCAACCCGUGUUCACGAAGACCAGCAGCGCACAAUUAGCAUAAAUCCUCCACAGGAGAUUCCACACGGAAACUUGAUCCGGCUGGCCGUGGAUGAGCUGUUCUGCUCUAGGAGCGAACUGUGUGAAGAACAUGGGUGUGGUGGGUUAAGAGAAUUUUCCCAGCGAGUGUUCUGCCACGGAGCGCCCCCUUUUGUUGUCCUCAAUAUGCAGCACUGGAGAUCGGAAGAUUUAGCAUAUGUUCCCUAUCACCUGGACUUAUCUGACCACAAGUAUUUGCUGGAAGGCGCCACAUUGUUCAACAAAGUGGAGCAUCACUACUCUGCGGCCUUCCAGAUUGACGGACGUUGGAUGCACUAUGACGGCCUCAGAAAUGUGAAUUUAAUUUUGUUAAAUAAACCCCCAGAGUUUCUUCUCUUGUCAUCAUUGGUUUAUAUUCGAGCAGCAGAGAAAUAAAUAUAGAAUGAUGUCAACCCAACCAUUCUCCCUCCGGCCCAUGCUCCCUCAGAUGAAGGGCUUUUAUUUUAUAUAAACUUGGUAUCCAAGAAAGUCACUUAACUAUAUUAGUUUCAGGUGUAUUUUCCUGUGUGUGGCCCCGGGCAGAUGUUUUAUAUAGAGAAUCUAUGCAAAAUGUUUGCAUCUCAUUUUUCUCUAUCCUGGGUUAUUUUUUUUUAUAUACAAGCUCAUUUUAAGUUGAAAUAAAACUUAAAUCGUAGCCUUUGUAUUUUUCUAUAUGUACCUCAAAGGUGUUUUGGCUUUUUUUUUUUUUUAUACAUAGUUCUGUGUUUUGAGUCUAGGAAAAUACUCAUUCGAAUCCUAUUUCUUCCCCCGCUUUGGAUAUCCAAAUAAAGCCAGGGUACAAAUCAGUAUUUAUCUAAAUUUAAUACUUGAAAAUACACAUGACUAGGUAUGUGUCUGCCUCGCCUCACUGUGAUGCAAAGUGUGCUCUGGAUUCACUAUGGCUCUGAUGUGCCCCUCAGAUAGUCAGCUUGAUUGAGACCUGUUGAUCUGCCUAGCAACGGUUCUUGAAAAUAAUUUGGGAAUGUUUUUCUGAGUUUUUUUUUUUUUUAAUUUCUUUUAAUAUUUAUUUUCCCUUUUUGUUGCCCUUGUUGUAGUUAUUAUUGUUAUUGAUGUCUUCCUUGUUGGAUGGGACAGAGAGAAACGGAGAGAGGAAGGGAAGACAGAGAGGGGGAGAGAAAGACACCUGCAGACCUGCUUCACCGCCUGUGAAGCGACUCCCCUGCAGGUGGGGAGCCGGGGGCUGGAACCUGGAUCCUUAAUGCCGGUUCUUGCACUUUGUGCCAUGUGUGUGUUUUUUUCUUUUUAACAACAAAUGACUUUAACCACUUGCAAAGUAUUAUAAAUACGGCAGCAGAUUUUAAGUUGACUCUGCUCCCUAAGUUGUUGCAAAUUACACAAUUGACCUGUGCAAAUUUACCGCUUCAUUAUAUGCAGUGAAAUAUGUAUGUAUUUAUUUGCUUAAUUAUAUGCAAUGAAAUAUGUAUAUGUAUUUAUUUGCUUUAUUAUAUGCAAUGAAAUACGUAUGUGUAUUUAUUUGCUUCCAGGGCUUUUCUGGAGGCUUCAGGCCUGCAUGAUUCUGCUGCUCCCAAUAGACUUUUCUUCCCUCUUUUGGAUAGUGGGUUUAAGGAGAAAGGGAGAGACAGAGAGGAGACACCCCAGACCUGCUUCCCCACUCAUCGAGGCUUCCCCUGGGCGUGGUGCUCCCCAGAUGUGGCCCAGGACUCAAACCCAGGUCUAGGCUCGGCCAGCUGUGUGCUCUGUCGGGUGGACAUCUCGGUCCCAUGUAACGGCAAUUUCCUAAUAGUAAGGUAUUGCAAGGUAACACAGCCGUGAAAAAUACUAGACAAGUAGACUUUUUAACAAUAGAAAUAUGCUUUAGAUUUUUAUCUAAGAGAAAUUGGGUGCCUAAGAAUAUUUCUUUUCCUAGUAAGUCAUAUUGGCACACAGAAAAAAAAAAUGUGUUUUUUGCAGUGACAUUAGCUGCCUUGUAAGCAUGUGUCCUUGGCCUGCAACGUAAAUGACUGAGAUUUUCAUAGUUCUCAUAGUAUUGUGUCCUUUUAAGACCCUUCUUUCUUCCUACUGCAGUUCAGAGGUGAAGAAGAAAAAAAUUAGGACUGUGCAGUGGGAAAUUUUUUCUUUUUAAUUUAUCUCCAUUCACUUUUGUGUUUACAUCUCAGUAAAUAGUUCCCCUUGGAUUUUGAAUUGAAGCUGAAAGCAAUCUGUUUGGUGACUGGCACAAAGCACAGUUCACUGCCGUGUACCACACUGCUAACAGUUUGAUUUACUGCAUCACCUUCUGUUGCCACAGUGCGCGCCACCCCGUGCUAAAUCACUGAAGAAUGGACAGACGAACGUGAGUGAAACACUGCGUGCACUGUGAGCAGAUAAGAGGAGUACUGUGUCACACAAAAGUCAAUGAUACUUUACCAGAAAAAGAUUCACCGGGGGUUUGCUUUGAUAAUAGCUCUCCACAUAUACUUACGUCGGAUUUGGUCUCAGUAAACUUUGCUGGGGAAUUCUUAUUGCAUGAAUCAAAGUAUACGACAAUGAAAAUAGUAGCCCACACAUUUACACAUGAAUGAUAUUAACAAAAUUAUCCCUAAUGAAAAGUUGUUCUUUUAGGGAGGGUACUGCACUUGGAGUAAUACUAGUAGGUAACAAAAUAAUGACUUACCUACCUCACAGGGAUGUUGUGAGGAUUAAGAUGUUUGUUAAAAUCUUGACUUACACUGACCAUACUAAUAAAAGUGACAUGACUUUUCUACCUC